CUUCGACACUGACGACAGCAGAACGCGACAGAUAGCGAUAUUCACAACACACUUUGGGGUUUCCGUACUUUUAACAUUUAAAUCAAGUAGCAUCAUCGAAGUACUAAUGUUUCACUGGUGAUGGAAGUGAGGCCGUAAACUAUUCUAGUCCUCAGGUAGACAAGAAAGAAACCCAGACCGCAUCUACUUGAGCGCUGCGAUCACGUAUGCAACAUUACAUCACAGUGAAAUACUGCCGUGGAUCGAAACCAUGACUUUGAGCAUGGACAUCAGCGUCACUUUUCUCAAGUGCGAACUCGCUUCUACUAUCGAUCAGGCGGUAAGAUGCGCGGUCGAAACGGUUUUAAAAGAAACAGCGCGAGUUGUUGGCAUAAAGCUGACCGCGGCUCGUAACGCAGCCGCAGAGUCGCACCGAGAGAACCGGAGCCUGCGCGAGAGACUGGAGAUCUCCGAGAGCGAGCUCAAAGCAGUGCGCUACUACAUGACCGCGGCUGAAAAGAACAUCAAACAGUGUUUACUUCUCAACAGAAACCAGCCCGGGUCAAACAUCGUGCGCCCAAACGCAGACGACGCACUUUUUGUGAUUCCGUCACGCACUGCGGAUGGAAGUCCCACAGCACCGACGCAGAACAAGAGCUUCCGAAACUCACCCGGAAGAAUCCACAGUCCUAAAAAUCUCCCUAGUGUUGGCCUUUGUCUCCCCACGGUACAGUCCGACUUGUCUCGUGAGUGUGUCAACCGUAGAAAGGCAAGAAGGUCUGCAGGGGGCAACAGUUCAGCCCUCAGUAGUGACCCCGCGACCUCACAAACUCUUGUGGAAAACAGUCCUGCUCUCUUCAAACCACAAGAUGAGCCAGAAGGCCCGUUUUACAUCACGAAUAAGGACAACAGUUCUGCAGUAACAGACAGCGAGAGGAAAUUUGAGGAACCAGAAAAUCCAGCAAUCCCAACUGAGGAUCCAUCUGACAUGACAAAGUUUGAGUUUGAAAUGAGCACGCCAGCUGGGAAUGUUAAUGAGCUGGAGCUGAUACAGGUGAUGGAGGACUCUGAUGAUGUCAAACAGAGCACCAUUAAAAUUGAAGACGAUCCCGAUUCACUUACAUUAGAGCCUCCUUCAUCAAAUCUAGCUGCAGCAUCUUCAUCCAACUCCAUGCAAGAGUUACUGCAGAUCUCCUUGCCUUCAAUGCGGGAGAGUGAUGGCGAUGCUUUGCUGGCCUUGGCACCACCUGUUAGUAGUGACUCAGGGUUCAGCAGGACUAUAGAGAGCCCUGAUAAAGUGCACCGCUGCAACAUUUGUGGCCGGGGUUUCAGACGUUUCUACUGCUUGAAAACACACCAGCGCAUACACACAGGAGAGCGCCCGUAUCCUUGCAGAUACUGCGAGAAACGCUUCCGCCAUUUGGACAGCUUACACAAGCACCAGCGCAUUCACACGGGAGAGAGACCGUACCGCUGUGCUGAGUGCGGAUGCUGCUUCAGAGAACUUGGACAACUCAAAAAGCACAGACUCAAACACUCACCCACAUUUGUUUCUGUUGCCAAUCCCACCUUCCCCCUCCUCCCAGCCGGACCCUCCUAUGUCUGGCCACAUCUCAACACACAGUCUUUGGAUUCAGUCUAAGCAUGUGAUGGUAUUUUCCAAGCAUGGUGAUUGUGGAAACUUGGUAUACGGUAUUACAGCAGUAUUGAACUAUGUUACAAAAACAGUUAGAAAAGAUGAACAAACUCAUCCUCUUAAUAACAAAACUUUUAAAAUCAGGGACAUUAAAAAUACAAUUAAACAACACAUUUAAAAUGUAUAAAGUAAACAAAUGUUUCAAACAGAUUAAAGUGCAAAAUAACACAACUAAAAGAACAAUAAUAAAUAAUUAAAACGCGUUUUAAUCCAGAUUAAAAUGUGCAAGUGUAAACAGAUGCCUUUUAUAUAAUGCUCAGUAUUAAGUACUUAAUAUUCGGUGUUUUAUAAAUACCAUCGCAAAUAAAAAAAUCUGAAUGGUUGUUUUGAAAACAUUUAAAUACUGUUUGACUUCCUUCAGUUCAGAAACAGAAAUUUGCAUAGGACUGCUUUGUGUAUGGGGUAACAGCUAUGUUUCUGCUUUUCUAUAAGUGCUGCCUACUGUCAGUGAAUUUGCAUUUUUAUUCAGUCUGUCUGCUGCUUAAUCCAGAACUUCAGACCAAAGAGAGAAUCAGACUGAUUUAUAUGCAGCAUGCAUGCAGUGCCAUACAUUUUAACUGGUUGAUGGAAAAUAAACUAAUGUGCAAUAUAAAAGUCUCAACAAUUCAGAAAAUAAGUUAUCCAGAAUGUUUACAAUACUGAACGUUCAUUACCGUGAUGUAUCGUUACCACCUACCAGCACAUCUCGGAGUCAGUCGAAAUCCUACUGAAGAAAAGAUGAAUAUGUUUUAUGAGAAUAUAUGUUGUGGCACAAAACACACCUCAGAUAAAGUUUAUUCAAUGUCUAACAGUUUGGUCCAAAAACAAUUGAAGGUAUAUUGGAAGAUAUGUAUUUCCCUAAUUGUGUGAACAGUUUGUCCAUUGCACAAAAAAAAUCAUUGCAUUUAAUGUAGAUCCAUAUGUACAAAAUACAUCAUCAGCAGUGCAGCAUAACCAUAAGUGUUUUUAUUUUGUAUUUUUUGCAAACAUUUCGAUGGGUUUCAGAUAUGAUGAAACUUUCACAAUAAGGUAUUUUCUGGUCUCGAGAAUUGAUUUUACUUACUCUUGAUUAUCAUACAAUAAAAAAAGAAUUUAAAAAGACUGAAA